CCAGUCUGCUUUUAAAAGAAGGUAGGCGAGAGAAAUGGCACUCUCUGUCCAGGCUACUAGAGAAACAGCUGGGCUACCAGCGACCAGUACCCACUAACUCUACUGGCCCCAGACAUGCUGCUUAUCACAGUGGGCUCUUACAGAGUCCUAUGUGGCUUGCUGGUUUCUUUCCUACAUAUCCUAUCUCUUGAUGCUCUAAAUGUAACAGAUCCGCUUGCUCGAACGUCCAUUCAGAAAAGCUACGAUCUCACAAAGUACCUGGAGCAUCAGCUGCGAUCUUUGGCCGGACCGUACCUGAAUUACCUUGGGCCUCCCUUCAACGACCCAGAUUUUAAUCCUCCACGUGCAGGGGGGCCUGACACAAUUCCCAGUGCGUCUGUGGACUUUCACCUGUGGAGGAACCUGAAUGAUGGUUUACGUCUGGCGGAGAAUCACCGGGCAUACAGCCUGCUCCUCUGCUACCUGCGUUCCAUUGAUGGGGAGGUGGCUCGAACUGAAUUACGAAGGAGUCUUGGCCGCUUCUGUUCUAACCUGCAAGGUCUGGUGGUUAGUAUUGCAGGAGUCAUGUCCUCCUUGGGUUACCAACCCCCACAGGAGAUGGUCACAACCUCCUCUCCUCCAGCACUGGGUUUCGGGAGGGGUAAUGACUUCUUACGCAAAAUGGAAGACUUCUGGUUACUGAAAGAACUGCAGAUCUGGCUCUGGAGGUCAGCCAAGGACUUUAACCGACUCAAAAGAAGGGUACCAGCUGUUGUAGCCUUCAGGGUGGAGUCUCGUGGUUUCUGAGGUAGUGGUGGAGAUGCAACUAUUGUUUUUCUAAGCUGUUGACAACAGUGAUAACCAUGAAAAAAAGGCCAGUAGGAGUAAUGUGUAACCACUGGUACAUUGCAUGGUCAUUAAAUAUGGAGUCAAGUCAUGCAGAAGAAGAUAAUGGGGGUGUUCUGGGGGUUGCAUCAGGAACAUGGGAGACUAAGUGAUAUAAAGCAGGAGGCAGUACUGAUGCUAAUGGCAGAAAGGGAUUUAACAGCUGAAUGUGUGUUGCUGCCUUAGUCAGAAGGGUUAUGAGCAGCAGUCAAUUGCAUAACUAAAAUGUAUCUCUGCUGAAGGCAAUUUUAUGAUAAAGCAGGGAUUCCUUUUUCUGUAUUCUGUAAAAAAAAAAAAUCCACAUGGGAAAAAUAGAUUGCCUUUACUAUUCCAUUGCCACUACAGAAGUAGACCUUGUUACCCACUAGUGUGUGUGUGUUGUAAGAUUUUUUUUAAUAAUCCUAUAAAUACAAAUGGCCCCCAAAUAACAAACAUAAUUUUAAAGUGCUCUGCAGUUAUUUGCAAAUUAUUUUCAAUCUGCCUUAAAACUUCAAAAUAACCAUCCACAAUAGGAUAGCUGCUAAUAAUACUAUUUAUAAUAAUCUGAGACAAAAUUUAAUUGUCUUCCUUGUGUUUGCCCUUAGUAAAAUGGCACACCUCAUCACCAAGUAUUGGCCAGUACUCUUGCUAAUUAGCUGUUUUAAUUUGUGAUCUGAUAAGCCGUUUUAAAAGUUUUGACAUAGCAAAAUAACAAUUAAUACAACACAGCCCUUAUUCCAGCCCACUUUAAAAAAGCAAUUGUAAAUGUCAAUUAACUCUUUAUUAUUGUUUUAAUCAACACCCAAAAACCUCUUAAAAAUCUAUUUACCUAUUAUCAGACCAUGCCAUUCAGAUUAAGGAGUAGAUUUAACAAAUGUCGGGCGGACAUGAUUCAAAGAGCGGAUCAUGUCUGCCAACAUCGCUAAAUGCCGACAGCAUACGCUGUCAGCAUUUAACAUAGCGCAAGCAUUUCUGGUGAAAUCCUUGUGCUAUCCCCCUGCCCAUUCGCGACCAAUCGGCCGCUAGCAGGGGCUGUCAAUCAUCUCGAUCGGGAUAAUUGCUGUCCACCACCUCAGAGGUGGCAGAAGAGUUAAGGAGCAGUGGUCUUACGACCGCUGCUUCUUAACUUAAGUUUCAGGCGGACCUGAAACUUCUGGGGUGAACUGCUUGUUAAAUCUACCCCUAAGCAUCCAAGUCCAGCUGAAAAAGACUUUUACAAAUCGUCAAUAAAGGUCGCCCUGAAAAAAUUAACAUUUAAUGGAUGCUUUUAGAAUUAAUUCUUAAUCAUAAGAUGACACUUCUUGUUUAAUUAUUACACUUAGGUUUUUAUAAAAGUGUUUUUUUAAGUAUUUUAUUACAGUGUUUUGGGGUAAAACAUCACAUACAGCAUGCAACAAAAUAUGCUGAACAUGAGAGAGUGAAAUUUGGUCUUAUACAAAGUCUAUCAAUAAAUCAACUAAUACAAUGUUUUGCAUGAAAUUUGGUGACCAGAGGAAAUUGUUUUUUUUUAGAUCACUUACCCAGUUUGUGGAGCUGGAAGUUGUAAAUGAAGAUGUUGUAAUUAUCAGUGUCUUCUAUCAUAGGUGCUAACAGCAUUAAUAUGUUGCAUAGCAGAGAGAUUAUGGGGCAUAUGCCUCUGUUUCCGCGCAAGCCUUCAGGCUCGUUGGAAACAGAAGUUAUGAAUGCUCCAUAACUUGUCCGCCUACUCUGAGGCGGCCGACAGAAAUCAACCCGAUCGAAUACGAUCAGGUUGAUUGACACUCCCUGCUAGCGGCCAAUUGGCCGCAAAUCUGCAGGGGGCGGCAUUGCACUAGCAGUUCACAAGAACUGCAGGUGCAAUAAUAAAUGCUGACAGUCUAUGCUGUCUGCAUUUAUCGAUGUGCAGCGGACAUGAUCCGCUAUAUCGUAUUAUGUCCGCUCGCACCAUAGUAAAUAGGCCCCUAUAAGUUUAGUGGCAAGAUUUGAAUGUAUACCUUUGAGAAGUUACUUUUUUCAAAAAGCUGUAAACUUGCAGGCAAUUAAAGGGAUCUGAAAUGUUCUUUUGUGAUUCAGAUAGAUCAUGCAAUGUUAAACAAAAUUGGCUUCAUUCUCUUGGUAUCCUUUGUUGAAGAGCAUACCUGAGUAUUCUCAGGCGCAUCAAUGCACUGCUGGGAGUUAUCUGCUGAUUGAUGGUUGCACAUGUAUGCCUUUUCUCAUUGGCUCACUAGAUGCGUUUAGCUAGCUCCCAGUAGUGCACUGCAGCUCCUACAAACAAAGGAUAACAAUAAAAUUAAGUAAAUUGGAAAGUUGUUUAAAAUUAUUUUCUCUCUCUUAAUCAUGAAACAAACAAAAUUGGGUUUCAAGUCCCUUUAAGUGAAUUAUAUCCCAUUGUAAUGUUAGCCAGCGAACACUACCAUUACAUAAUAUUGUAAAUAGGCCACAUUUUAAGAAGGUCAUGCAAAUGGGUAAAGAGAAUAAAAUACCAAGGUUCCUUGAUAAAUUAAAGGAAGAACAUUUUAAAACAAAUAGAUACAAAAAAACACUAAAGAUAUCAGAUGAUUCAGUAAACAUUAAAGGGACUGAAGUCAAAAUUAAACUUAAAUGGAUUGGAUAGAUCAUGCUUCUAUUAUCAUUUUGAUUGGUUUAAUUAAGCUCAGGAGUGUGCAAGUGUCUUCAGCCAUCUUGCUGCAGUGUUUGCAGCAAUGUUCAUAACAAUGUUAUACAUAGUUACAUAGAAGCAUAUAUUUUGAUGGCAGAUAAGAACCAUAGGCCCAACAAGUCUGCCUAAAAAUACUUAUACUUAGGUACUUAUCUAGUUUGUAGGGUAGCCUUAUGCUCAUCCCAGACAUUCUUGAAGUCCGCUGCUGCUGUGAAUGCUAAAGGGAUAAUCUAGUCAAAAUUAAAAUUUCAUGAUUCAGAAAGAGCAUGCAAUUUUAAGCAACUUUCUAAUUUACUCCUUUUAUCAAUUUGUCUUUGUUAUCUUGGUAUCUUUAUUUGAAUGUAAGCUUAGGAGCCGGACCAUUUUUGGUUCAGCACCUGGGUAGCACUUGCUAAUUGGUGGCUACUUUUAGAUACCAAUCAGAAAGCGCUACCCAGGUGUUGAAGCAAAAAUGGGCUGGCUUCUACGCUUACAUUCAUGCUUUUUCAAAUAAAGAUACCAAGAAAAAGUGAUAAUGGGAGUAAAUUAGAAAGUUGCUUAAAAUUGCCUGCUCUAUUUGAAUCAUGAAAGUUUAAUUUUGAUUAGACUAUUCCUUAAAGACACGUGCACGCUCCUAUCAUCUUACCUUGCUUUAUUUUUCAGCAAAGGAUACCAAGAGAACAAAGCAACUUUGAUAAUCACAGUAAAUUGGAAAAUUAUUUAAAGUUGCACGCUCUAUAUGUAUCAUUAAUUUAAAAUUUUGACUUUACUGUCCAUGAUUACAUCAGCAUCUACAUUUAUUUUUUUCAUAUCUCUGUAUGUGUAUUUUUGAUACUAUGGGGCUGAUUUAUCAUCGGUCUGUCGGACAUGAUCCGCUCAGCUGAUCAUGUCCGACAGACCAAUUGCUUGUGCAAUGAUAAGUGCUGUCUGCAUUCAUCAAUAUGAAUGCAGACAGCACUUAUUGCACAAGCAAUUCUUGUGAACUGCUUGUGCAAUGCCGCCCCCUGCAGAUUUGCGGCCAAUCGGCCGCUAGCAGGAGGUGUCCAUCAGCCCGAUCAUAUAAGAUCGGGCGGAUUGAUGUCCACAGCCUCAGAGGCGGCGGACCAGUUAAGUAGCAGCUUCAUGACUGAAGACUCGUGUGGAAACAGGGCCAUUCGGAGCUUGGUAAUUCUGCACCAUUGUAUGUAUAACAAUUGCCACUUUUGUAUUUGUUUGUACAUAUGUCCCUGUGGGUACAUUUUCUAUGUGAAAAUAUAUUCAAUGUGUUAUUUGCCUAUGUAUGUUUUAUAUUUGUCCUUGUCUGUAUGGCGCUGACCUAUCUGCUCAUUAGUAAUUACAUAUUUAUUUAUUGUCGUUCGAAAUGUUAUUUAUUUUUUUUCUUUCUAUUUAUUUUUGAGUUCCAAGGAGUACUUGUAUUUACUUGGAUAUAUAUGACGAUGUAUAUAUGAUUGUUAAAAUAUACCUAGAGAUAUAGAUAUAUCUCUAGGUGUAUAUAUGUAAAGGUACAAAUAAAUGUCUACACUGCCAUACUGAUUAGACUGUGUAUGUAUGUCUAUAGGAAUUGAUAAGAAAAAAUCAAGGCAUAAGCUAAAUGUCUGAUUUCUGUGUACAUAUAAUGUAAAUCAUAGGUACAGACAAGUCUUUUACAUAGUGUGUGUCUCUCAUGUAUGGAUAAUUCUCAUUGAAUACUAUGCAUUCUAUUUUAAUAAAGAUUGUCAGGGUGUAAAAAAACAAAAAACAAACACUUUUCAUACAGUUACUGAUAUUUUCUGAGUGUAUAAACCAUGUACCCAAGAGACUGUACAAGAGGUAUGGAUGCAGGCACACUAUGUGCCUCAGUCUAAUUGCUUAAUAAAUGGCUUUUAUAUGUA